CGUUUCCUACAUUUAUUUUGUACAUUUCUCUGUUAUUGGUUCUCGUUGUCGAAAAAAGGAUUGGUCGUGUCAGUGCGUGAUAAUUAAUUUUAAUUUAUCAAUUAGUUGUGAUUUGUGUUGUAUACGUCAUUGGAUUAUCACAUCUCAUUAAAAUCAGUAAGUUUCGUAGGAUGGAUGCUUCAUAUCAAGGCGGCGUGACCUACGAAGACAGGGGCGAGAGCUUCCAGCAGUUGUCGUCGACGAUAGCCAGCAAUAUAAAGAAAAUAUCACAAAAUGUGUCCUCAAUGUCAAAGAUGGUCAACCAGCUUCAGACUCCUCAAGACUCCCAGGAGCUGCGCAAUCAACUGCGUCAGAUCCAGAAUUACACCCAAAAGAUGGCCAAAGACACGUCCUCGAUGAUCAUGGACCUGAUGAAGAUGCCGGUGGAGCAGCCCGCGGGCAAGCUGACCAGGGAGCGGCUCAGCGACGAGUACAUGGCCACACUCAACGCCUUCCAGGCGACACAAAAAUCAGCUGCUGCGAAGACGAAAGAGGAUGUGCGAAAAGUGAAGGCCCAGAGCGCCACUAUCAACAUUGGGGAUCCGUUUGGCAUGUCCGGGCGCAGCAACGACCUGGUGGAGAUGGACGACAAGAACACGCGCCGGCAGGAGCAGAUGACGAUGCAGACCGAGCAGGACCUGCAACAGCUGGAGGAGCGCGAGCGGGACAUCAGGCAGCUUGAGAGCGAUAUUCUAGACGUGAACCAAAUAUUCAAGGAACUGGGCACCAUGAUCCACGACCAAGGCCAAGUUGUGGACUCCAUCGAGUCCAGCGUCGAAUACACCGCCCACAACGUCGAGGCCGCCACGGCGGAGCUCCGACAGGCCUCCAACUACAAGAAUAAGCUGCGAAAGAAGAAAGUAUAUAUCGCGAUUAUCCUCAUAGUGAUCGUCUCAAUUAUUCUAAUAAUUAUAUUUAACCGUUAACGUCCUUUUAAUAACCCAAUAUUGUUAAUGAUUUAAAUAGGAAAAUUAUAUUAUUGUGGUAAUAUUCUUUAAAAACACAUUCUCUAUUUCAAAAGAGCAUUGUCUACGAUCAUGAGUCGACAGAUUGGCAAUUUGCGUUGUAUCUGUUUUAGUUAAUGUUAGGUGCGUAGGGAUAAGUUGAAAACAGGGUUAAGACAAAAAAGUUCUCCGUAAUUCCGAAUCACGUGUAAUAUUUUUAGUGCUGGCAACAUAGUUCCAACUGCCAUUUAGUUGUGCCCCGUCGCACAUUGGUCAAUCCCCUCGUGUCGGUGGCAUUGUCGUCAUCUACUCGACGAUUUUCAAUGUUAUCCCAUCUCCUGUAACUUCUAUCAGAAAAAUAUUCAAAAAUUAAAAUCGUAUACGUAUGUAUUAUUUUUUAAUAUGCUUAGAUUUAUUUCUAGAUAAGGC